UGGAGUUUAGUACUUCCACGUGGAGUUAUCAGAUAAUUACCCACAUUGCCACCGAUUAAUCACCACCAUGCGGUCAAGGCAAGGUAAUGGAGGCCAGGGCGUUCCUGCGAGCCGGUCAAGCGCCACGGUGAGCACCGAAAGGAAGCGUGCAACACCAGUAAAGAAGAAGGACGAGAUCACAGAGGACGGAGGAGGACCGGAGGAGAGGCCUACUGGAGCCAGAUUCGACACCAUUGGUAAUAUAAUGGAAACCCGCCGCCACUGCUACCAUGGCCGAUGCGGGCGUGGGGAGGCACGCCCUCGAUCGCCGCCGCUGUCGUGGAGAGGUGUGUCGCCAUCGUCGCAGUGGUGCGAGUGGGGCUCGCCGUGCCGGGAAGCACAUUGGGUGUAGACCCUAUAACGUCAUAGACACAAAAAAAAAAAACUAUUGCUAAAAAUAUGGGUGUUAUAUACCAUUACUGAAAAUACGUGGACAUGUAGGGUCUGUUUGGUACAGCUUCAUGAGCUGUUGUGAGCUGUUUUUUUUGCCAAA